UACCAAUCUUACCCGUCUCUACUAAACUUAAAGAAUAAAAUCGAUAAUUUUUACCGAUUCAAAUCAAAAGCACACCACUUAUCAAUUACUCUACAAUCAUGACAUUUGUCUAUAGCUAAGAUGGCGGGUGAUGAAAGUGACAGUGAUCUUAAACCUUCCCAAGUAGUAAUAGUUAGAGAAGUAUACGACAGCGAAAAUGCUCAUAUUAAGUUUGAAAUGGAACUGGAAAGAGCACUUGAGGCUGGUGUGAGUGUUAUUGUCAUAGAACCUGAACCGCUUGGAGAAGAAACAGCUAGGUGGAUAUAUGUAGGGAACCUCUUACAUAAAGUCUCUGUGUAUAGUGGAUUGUGUAGUAUUGCUUCGGGCUUGGCUUGGAGUUCAUUAGCAUGCACACCUUUUGGAGUAGUGUCAGUGUUAUGUGCAGGUUGCUACACACUUUCAUGGCAGUGGGACCCCUGUUGCAAAUAUCAAGAAGAAAAAGAUCUACGGCACUUAUCUAAACUGCCAAUUUUAAGUGAUUUGACCUCAGCAUCUCCCGUUGUCCUAGUGCACACUGAUAAUAGAAGACAAGUCAUUUUACAUAAUACUAUAUCAUUAGCUGCAACUGCGAUAUGCUUAUGGAGAAUUUAUAAUAUUUUUAAAUAAUACAGAAAUAUUUUAUGCAGCAUAUUCCGUCUGAUAUGCUUGCAUUAGGCAAAAAUGGAAAUAAUAUAUUUUUAUGAAAUGAGUACAAUCACAAAUAUAUGCUUAUUAGUGCUCUUUCUCUGUAUAAUAACUAAUUUUUUGUAGGGAACAAUGUAAAUUUGUUACUAUUAUUUAAAAAAUGUUAUUAAAAUUAAAAUAGAAUAGUAAUUAUGUACAAAUAUUUUCUUUUAAAUUUAAGGAAGGAUGCUUUUUAGAUAGGACAGCAGGUUGUUGGAUUCUGUUAAAAAUAAUCUUAUAGCAGCAUAAUAACAGUGUGGACAAUGGAGUGGAUUAUCACUGUUACUAUGUAAUAAAAGUUACAUUUAUAAAA